AUGUCGAUAACUUACUCCGCGGUUUCCUGGGCAGAUCUUUCGGGGUUUUCACCUAAAACUGUACCUUUCGCUAUUCAGAGCUUACCCAAAAGGCAAUUUCUCAAUCCCAUACCGUUUUCAAGUUUCGGGUUCUCUUCUUCUCUUCAGGGAAGUAGCAUUGAGUUCAGACUUGAGUUCAAAUCCAAGCUUCUGCUUAGUAAAGAGCGUCGAUCUCUUCCAUUUGUUGUUAGAAGUGAUCAUCCUCAGAAUGCAGACGCACCUAAGCAGUACACAAGGAGAGAGAAGAAACCCUUUCCGGUUCCCAUUGUGGACCUGAGACGAGCUGCGAGGGAGAGAGUCAAGAACAACAAAGACAAACCUAGGAGACCUCUCCCUCCUCCCAAAAACGGUAUGGUCGUGAAAAGCCUUGUGCCUCUUGCCUAUAAAGUAUACAAUGCAAGAAUCAGAUUGAUCAACAAUCUCCACCGGCUAAUGAAAGCUGUUCGUGUUAAUGCUUGUGGGUGGUGCAAUGAGAUCCAUGUUGGACCUUACGGACACCCAUUUAAGUCGUGUAAAGGUCCGAAUGCCUCCCAAAGGAAAGGUCUUCAUGAAUGGACAAACUCAGUCAUUGAAGACGUUAUUGUUCCUCUUGAAGCCUAUCACCUGUACGACCGCCUUGGCAAGCGCAUUCGUCACGACGAGAGAUUCUCGAUUCCCCGAAUUCCUGCUGUAGUUGAACUCUGUAUUCAGGGCGGUGUUGAAAUCCCUGAAUUUCCAACGAAAAGGAGAAGAAAACCAAUAAUCCGCAUUGGCAAGAGCGAGUUUGUUGAUGCAGAUGAAACUGAAUUGCCUGAUUUAGAGCCCCAGCCUCCUCCGGUACCUUUGUUAACCGAGUUACCCAUGUCAGAGAUCACUCCCCCUUCUAGCGAAGAAGAAACAAUCUCCCUAGCCGAAGAAACAUUAAAAGCAUGGGAAGAAAUGAGAGCAGGAGCCAAAAAGCUGAUGAGGAUGUACAGAGUUAGAGUAUGCGGUUACUGUCCCGAGGUUCAUGUAGGUCCAACGGGACACAAGGCCCAGAACUGCGGUGCCUUCAAGCACCAACAGCGGAAUGGCCAGCACGGGUGGCAAUCUGCAGUCCUUAACGACUUGAUACCACCAAGAUACGUUUGGCAUGUUCCUGAUGUGAACGGGCCGCCAAUGCAGCGGGAGCUACGAAGCUUCUACGGGCAAGCACCUGUUGUUGUGGAGAUAUGCGCGCAGGCUGGUGCCGAUGUACCUGAACAAUAUAGAGCUACAAUGAGACUGGAAGUUGGAAUCCCUUCGAGUGUCAAAGAAGCUGAGAUGGUGGUUUGA